GUCAAAAUUCCCAAAUUCCGGGGAAUCAUUCCUAUUAUAUCUUUUUGUUCAUCGUGCCGCAUCACUGGAUAUCGGAAUUCUCAUCGCCAUUUUGGCUGGGCUUUGGAAGCUUUAAAGGUCUAUUUUGGCUGCCAUUUGCUCCAAUCAACGCGUCCGGCACAGGUUCUCCUGGACCAACUGCCCUUGUUGUCGAGGAAAGGUGAGGAAAAAGGUAGGAGCUCAGUGGAUAAUAUCGCAACCUGCAGUCAAUUAUCGUCUUUUCAUCUUUACAUUGUUCCUUCGUCCCGAUUUAUUAUGCAUGGCGCCCCUUGCAGCAGCGGAUCGAGAUAGCGCGAAGCAUCCUCGUUCCCGAACGUGGGGUAAUCGAUGCAGUGUCACAGUUGACCUACGCGAUCUCAGUUAUUCGAACUUUUACAUUGCUCACUUGGUUCUAGCUACUCAAGAUGACUUCUGCCAUGGCAAAACGACUUGAAGGGAAGACGAUAGUCAUCACUGGCGCAUCCUCAGGAAUUGGUCGCGCGACAGCCUUCGAAUUCGCCCGCACUUCUAAGAAUAUACGACUUGUCUUGACGGCGCGUCGACUCGACGCACUCGAACAAGUUGCUGCGGAGAUCAACAAAGGAGUUGGAUCUGAAGUCAAGAUAUUCUGCUAUGCAAUGGAUGUUGGCAAGCCGGGAGAUGUCGAUGCUUUCGUACCCUCACUCCCCGAAGAUUUUCGAGAUAUCGACAUCCUUUUCAACAACGCUGGCCUAGCGAAAGGCGGCAUGGUUGGAAGUCCACACCUACAACGGGAGCAUAUUGAUGAGAUGUUUGCCACAAAUGUGACUGGACUCAUGAAUAUGACUCAAGCCGUUCUUCCAAUAUUUCUGGCUCGUCCAGACGGAGGCCAUGGCGAUAUCAUCAACAUGAAUAGUGUUGCUGGUCGCGAGGCGUACGUCGGUGGAAGCAUUUAUUGCGCAACAAAAGCCGCAGUUCGAAGCUACACAGAGAUCCUUCGAAAAGAACUCAUUGCUACUAGAAUACGUGUGAUUGAAAUCGCAGCUGGCCAAGUAGAGACCGAGUUCUCUGUUGUCCGAUUUGGUGGUGACAAGGCAAAAGCAGAUGCUGUGUAUGCUGGUGUUGAGCCUUGCACUCCAGAAGACAUUGUUGAAGUUGUAGUCUUUGCUGCCGGCCGAAGAGAAAAUAUGGUAUUGGCAGAUGCGUUGUUGUUUCCCAAUCACCAAGCUACCGCUACGAUCCUACAUAGGAAAACUUGAAUUUAUAGCUUGUGU